AUGCGUUUUCUAGACUACUACAACAUGACCUUACAAUUCCAGUCCACACUGGGAUAUCUCAAAGCGCCACCCGCAGGCUACCAACGAGCACCAUUCGACGUCGACGCAGCCCUAGAGGAGAUCAAACAGAAUGUGACUGCGGCUGUCUACAACAACCAGUACGAGUUCGAAGCACAGGUUCAGCUCUUGGUAAACCAGCUUCGUGACACGCAUGCGAUUCUCAAUGCCGGGGCUCUAUCAGCAUUCUCUUUCGUCGGCUCAUUUGGGCUUGUGACAGCGUCGAUUGACGGCAAACAGGCGCCGGAAAUCUACCUUGAUCAGGACUUGUACGAAGCUUGGGCGAUUAACGAAUACAAAGCGUCGCCUGUGACCCACAUCAACGGGGUGGACGUCAUCGAAUAUCUGGAACACUUUGCCGAACUGAACUCUCAAGGCUUCUUAGAACCACAUGCCGACUGGAACGCGAUAAUGAACAACCCGGCGCUCGAUAUUCAGGGUAUCCCAAGUACAUUCCAAUCGGCAAAGCUCUACCCUGGGAAUGGAGCCUUCUCAGAUGCGCUCAACUUCACACUCCAGAAUACUACUGUCGUCGAGUCCAUCUGGUGGGCACUUUGUAUCGAUUGUAGGGAAACGGGACCUCUUACUACUGGCGGUGAUUUCUACAACUACUUUGUUCUCGGAUUCUUGCCAGAAAGCUAUCGUGAAGGCGAGCGGUGGUGGCCAACCAUCGAAGACGAGGUUCUUCCUCCAACCAACGACACCGAUGGUACAUUCAACUUUACAGCGGCACUAGAAGACUAUUGCACCGAAGGAGCCCCGUCAAGCCAAAAUUGGUGCAUGGACAGCUUCGGCGCAUACCCGAAUAACCCCAUGACCGUCCAAGCCGAUCUUUCCGUCAUAGGAGGCGGUAUUGUAACCAGCUAUACGUUAGAUGGGACAUCCACCGCCGUCCUCAGCAUACCCUCAUUUUAUCAGAACGGUAUCGAUACCUCCAACUUUCGGCAAGCGAUUCGCGACUUCAUCGGCAAUACGUCACAGACUCAAGUUUCGCGUGUUAUUAUCGACCUGCAACAAAACUCUGGAGGUCUUGUAUUCCUUGCCUACGACACUUUUAAGCAGUUCUUUCCGAAUCUCGAGCCAAAUGGUGCAAGCCGCCAACGCAGUCAUGAGUUGAGCAAUUCUCUUGGUGAAGCCUACACGGAGUGGUGGAGCCGUUCAGGCCAAGACCAGACUGAAAACUACAAUUGGGCGUCGAGCGAGUGGAUCGUCACCAACCGCAUCAACGCCGCUACCGGGAAAUCCUUUUCGUCCUGGGACGAGUUCUACGGCCCAGAGGUCAACAACGAAGACCAAUUCUCGAAGAGUCAACAAUACAAUUUGUCUGAUGAGAAUUUCGACUAUUCUGCAUUUGGCGACUACCCAUAUGGAUACGAUCCGAGCGACCCGAUAGCCAACAGUUCACCGCCUUGGGCUGCUGAACAAAUCGUCAUCCUGACUGACGGUCUCUGCGCCUCUGCGUGCGCUGUUUUUGUCGAGUUUAUGACCCAUGAAGCCGGAGUCAAAACCAUUGUCGUUGGUGGUCAGCCUAAGCCAGGCCCGAUGCAAGCAGUCGGCGGCACUCGCGGCGCUGCCGCAUACUCUGCUGGCGCUCUGGACUUCGAUUUCGACGAAGGACUGGAGUAUUCCCCUGUCAGCAAGCCUGAAGUGGUUUCACAACUGCCCAACCGGAACGAUACAGGAAUAUGGAUCAACUACGCCGGUUUUACGAUCAGGAAUCAAGUGCGCGGCACAGAGCUCACUCCCCUGCAGUUCCAAUACCAGGCUGCCGAUUGUCGCAUCUACUACACGCUUGAGACAAUGUACAACAUGACGCAACUUUGGGAUUACACCGCCCGUGCAGCAUGGGACGACCCGACUCUUUGUGUACAGGAUUCCACGGGGUAUCCAACGGCCCGCAACAAGACGUCGGCUAAACUGCCCCCAUCAGCCUCACCAGUCGCACUUGCAGUGUACGACUUCUCACCGCCGCCAUUCGCUGAUAAUACAACAUUUGAGAUUCUUGACGGCGAAAAACCCAAUAAAAGGGUAGCCGGUGCGAUCAAGCGUUGUAGUGACAAUGACGCUUGCGAUUGUCUUCCCAUGGUGUUGGAUUGCUACUACCCCAGCGAGGGAUUUGUCGAGACCACUGUCAAAGCUUGUCUGCCAGGGUGCACUGUUGAUUCUCGCGACGAACGGAGCGAUUGCCCGGGGCUUAACGAUUACUGCAAAAAGGCCUCGCCUAAGCAAACGAAGGCUCACAGUCAAAAUAACCUUAAGGGCCCCAACUCUGUGCGCUAUACCGGUUACUGCAACUCGGUGGAUGAAAAGUGGUGCCCGAGGUAA